AUGCCGUACGGUACCGCUCCAAUCGGAUUCAAGGCCCUGCGGGCCGCAGAUCGGCUGCAAGUGACGACGAAUAAUUCCUCUUGCUCCUCACAGCAGCCAACGUCGAAGUGCGCGAGCACAUGCGGAGCACCAGAUUCGAAAGGCAGUGCAACGGCGCACGAUGAAACUACUAUUGAGGCGACGGCCAUGCCGGUGGCGGCGAAAACCUCAGAGACGGGACGACCGGGCGCGAAGGAGCGGUCCGAGGCGUGCGGUGCCUACAGUGACUCUCCCACAGCCUUCAGGGAGUGCCAGUUUGGACUGAACGAGCAGAUGGCAGCCGAAUUCUUCGCUGCAGACCACAACUACCUGGCAGAAGACAAACUGCGAGUAAUCUUUGGAAUGUAUGCCUCGAUAUGCCAGUGA